GCAAAAGUGAGAUUAUUAAACGAUUUAGAGAAUUCGGAGAGCAAGAGUUCAAAGGCCUGGUUCUGGUUACCUUUUCUCAGUUUCUCCAGAAGACCUCAUAUGAUGAUCUUGCAAAAUUCACAACUGAAGUGACUGACUUGGCAAAAGCAUGUGUUGCUGAUGAAUUCGGGGCAGAUUGUAACAAACCACUUGAUACUAUCUUUGGAGAGAAAACAUGCAAAAUCGCCACUCUUCGUGAUACCUAUGGUGAUAUGGCUGACUGCUGUGCUAAACAAGACCUUGAGAGAUUUCAAUGCCUGGUAAAGCACAAAGAAGAUAAUCCUAAAAUCCCUCCACUUSAUUCAAUAGAUUCUGAUGCUUUGUGCAUCUCCUUUGAUGAAAGUAGCCAGAACGUUUUAGGACACUUUGUAUAUGAAGUUGCCAGGAGAAAUCCUUACUUAUGUGGCCAGAAARUCAUCUACUUUGCUGAAAAGUAUAAAGGCUUUGUGACAGAAUGCUGCCAAGCUGCUGAUAAAGGAGAAUGCCUGACACCAAAGACUGAGAAUUUGAAGAAGACAAUAAUGCUUUCUUCUGCCAAAGAUAGAUUCAAGUGUAGCGUUCUUGAGAAAAAUGGAGAAAGAGGUCUCAAAGCAUGGCUAAUUUAUGUUGAACAAUUGAUGACCUCCUCACAGGUAACCCUUGCCAAUUACAUUUGUGAUAAUCAAGAUACAAUCUCCAAGAAAGUGGGAGAAUGUUGUGUUAAGCCCCUGUUGGAAAGAUACUACUGCAUCAUUGACCUGGAAUUGGAUGACAAGCUUGCUGACUUACCAGCACUAACAGCUGAUUAUGCUGAGGCUAAGGAUGUUUGCAAAAACUAUGCUGAGGCAAAAGAUAUCUUUUUGGGCACGUUUUUGUAUGAAUAUUCAAGAAGGCACCCUGAGUAUGGUUCCCUCUUGCUGCUGAGAAUUGCCAAGGCAUAUGAAGCCAAACUGGAGAAGUGCUGUGCUGAAGCUGAUCCUCCUGCAUGCUAUGGCAAAGUGUUUGAGGAAUUUGAGCCUCUUGUGACUGAGCCUCAGAAUGCAGUCAAGCAAAACUGUGAUCUCUAUGAACAGAUUGGGGAAUAUAAAUUCCAAAAUGUCCUUGUAAUUCAUCAUACUCAGAAAGCACCCCAGAUGUCAACUCCAACUCUUGUGGAGGCUUCAAGAAACUUAGGAAAAGUGGCCACCCAGUGCUGUAAGCUUCCUGAAUCACACAGACUACCCUGUGUUGAAGACUAUCUGACUGCAAUCCUGAACUCAGUGUGUGUGAUGCAUGAGAAGAAUCCAGUGAGUGAGAGAGUCACCAAGUGCUGCUCUGAGUCCUUUGUGAACAAGAGAGCAUGCUUUGCUGCUCUAUCAGUUGAUGACACAUAUGUUCCCAAAGAAUUCCAUGCUGACACAUUCACCUUCCAUGCAGACAUAUGCACACUUCCAGAGACUGAGCAACAAAUCAAGAAACAAACAGCACUUGCUGAGCUGGUGAAACACAAGCCCACAGCAACAAUGGAUCAACUGAAAACCGUGAUGGGGGAUUUUGUAGCUUUUCUGGACAAGUGCUGCAAGGCUGACGACAAGGAGGCCUGCUUCUCCGAGGAGGGCCCCAAACUUGUUGCUGCAACUCAAGGUGCCUUAGCAUAAAAAACAUCACAAUCGCAAGCAUCUCAGG